AUGGUUUACGCGUACGUCAACGUACUCGUGUUGGAGGCAAUGCGCCACCUGAAAACCCUGGAGGCUAAGAGCACGCUGAAGCUGUACACCUCUUGGAUUUACCACUACAAGAGGCGGGAGUACAAGAUCGACGCUGAGACGAACGCGUCGGUGAAAUCGAACACGGUGCACAUUCUCCUCGGCCGCAUCAAGGCCUGCCAGAUGGCGGCGAGGGUGGAGGCAACUCUCUUCAAGGAGAAGGAGUUGGGCAUCAUGCGGGAAAUCUCGGUGGUCCGGUCGGAGACGCUGUGGAGGUUUUUUCUCGUGAAGGUGGUAACGCUAUUCUCCCUCCACAGUCUCCUGCGCGGGGCUAGCAUCCGCGAAAACACACUCCCCGACAUCUUCUUGUACCGACUGGCUAGCACCUUGCCGGUGAACCCGGAAAACCAGCCGGCCGUCAUGGUGAUCGCCGCGCGGAACUCGAAGACGUCCAAGGAUGCGCGUCUUCAGCAGAGCUACACGGCGCGGCACCUCGAAGCGGAGUUGUGCGCCGUCGGCGAGACCAGCCUGUGGCUGCACUUCAUCCUCGACCAGAUCCGUCAGUUUCACGACGUCGACCUCAUCCCGCCGGUGGACACCAGCACGCGCGAGCGCUGGUACAAGAAGCACCUGUUCUUUGCCCGCAACGACGAGGAGCAAAUGGAACUCCCUGCUGCCAGCCGCCAGCGAUGGACGAGGCAGAUGUGGAAGACGAACGGUGUGUUCUGCAAGCGGAACAUCCACGCCGCUCGAGCGGGCGGGGCGCAGGAGCUGGCCAUCGACGGUACGUCUCGCGCCGAGAUAGCCGAGCUGGGUCACUGGGCGAUCGACAAGAUGACUCGAGCUUAUAUCACCGCCAUUCCCAUCGGCGUGGUGAUGAAGAAGGCCGGCUAUUCGGGUGCCAAACAGGACUAUUUCUUGGGUCGCAGCAGGGUGGAACCCAUCGAUGAACUCCUGGCGCUCAUCGCCGAGCACAUCUUCCCGUGUGUUGACAACCUGGUUAAGAAGGUAUUUUAA